GUUUCUAGUUUCUAAUCACAAUCUCUUACACUCUACAAAUUUUUCAAGGAGGAUAAAGAUGUGUUCACAAAUCCUCUCUGAUUCGGAUUUCGCGGUACUCGAAUCGAUUCGACAGCAUCUGUUAGAAGAUGCUGUCGACUUCGGUUCGAGGAAUUUAAGCGAUAAUUCGGUGUACGAACGAAAUUUUAGUUUCGGGAGUACUGACAGUGGCGCGGAAUCUGGAGGCAGCGAGGACUAUACGUCUGAAUGGAUUGACAUGUUGAGGACCGAGGAGACGAAGCAAGAGGUUGAGGCUGCUUCGGCUAAGAAGCAGCCCGAGUGGAAGCGGUACCGAGGCGUUAGGCGACGUCCGUGGGGGAAAUUUGCGUCGGAAAUAAGAAAUCCAGCCAAGCGCGGGGCGAGGAUAUGGCUGGGGACGUAUGACACGCCGGAGGAUGCUGCAUUGGCUUAUGACAAAGCGGCUUUCAAGAUUCGGGGCUCGCGUGCUAAGGUUAAUUUUCCGAAUCUGCUCAGACCGAAUUUGAGCGAAAAAUCAAAUGCGAAUUGCAACAAAUCGACUUCACAGUCUGAAUCAUCGCUCUCGCUCUCGCCCUCGUCAUCGUCAGAGAAUGGUUCGGUGAAGAAUACGAGUACUUGUAUCGAUAGUCCGGUGGAGGACAUCGAAGAUUUUUUCUUAUUAACAGACGAAGAUCUUUUCUUGAUGGACUCUCUGUAAGAAACUUAAAUAAAAUAAUCUUGAAUUUUUUUA